AUGGGCACCGAGGUUAAACAAAACAUUGAAAGUGGUUCAUCGUCAUCGUCUACAAUUAUUGGUCCGUUAAAUUUCGCCACCGACAGCUCCAUCCCGCCAUCCUCGUUGGUCGACGAGCGAGCAGUUCCUUGCAUGUUUUGCAGCAACUGCUACGAUUUUCACAGCCCGGAAAACGGUUCCGAUCAGUACUUGGCGCAUCUCUACCUCGUGCAUCGACUCAUCGUCGGCGACGUAAAGGAUAUUGCGUGCCUCGCCAGCUACUGUUACUAUUGGAAGGAAAAGUUUCGUGUGGAGCCCGCCGAAAAGUACUGCUCGGUGAUGCUACUGAACCAGCUUCCGGAUGGCACCAGUUCGCGAAACGAAAAAUACUUUCUACUGAGCGACGUAGAGCCACUCGAUUACGAGCUGCGACAACGGUUGAGACGGGAAAAGUUGGACCUCGUGUUGACGCGCCACCAGUUCGAGCGGACGGAUCGGAACUUCCAGCGCGACUGUCUCUAUUGUCGCGACAAUCGUUCCGACACGCGGCCAGAUUUCGUCGCUCAUCUCUACUCCAAACACUUCCUGCAACUCGGCAAACCCGAGCAUCUGGUAUUUGUCGACGAACUAAUAGAAAUCGUACAGGCCAAGCUGAAUCGGUUGAUAUGCUUAUUCUGCGAAAAGGUGUUCAAAGAUCGGCCGACACUGAAGGAACACAUGCGCAAGAAGGGACACAAGCGGAUCAACCCGGACAACCAUUACUACGAUCGGUUUUUCCUCGUCAACUACCGGCUGAAGGAAAAGCCGGCGUAUGUGCCAAUCGCUCAACGUAAACAGGAGAGCAGCGUGUUCCAGUCCGACGACGAUUCCGACUCGGACUGGUCCGAUUGGAAUGGCGAGGAGCAGAGAAUCACGUGUCUAUUUUGUCCUCAUUCGGCCGUCGACAUAGGUGCAGUGAAAGGCCACAUGGUGGAGAAACAUUCCUUCGAUUUCGAUCAAUCGGUGGCCGGCAUGAGUUUCUAUCAGCGCGUGAAAGUCGUAAACUUUGUGCGCCGCCAAAUGCAUACUACUACCUGCAUAAACUGUGGUUUGCGGUUCGGGGACUACGAAACCCUGUGCAGCCAUCUGUCCACCGUUGGGCACCACAGACUGGAUAAGGAGUCUAGCGCAUGGGAUCAACCGGAAUACUUUUUCCCAACGUACGAAGACGACCAGUUUCUGUGCCACCUCGAAGAGAUGGACAACGAGGACGAACUUUGCGAUACAUCGGAUGAUUCGGUCGUCAUAUCCGAAAGUGUUAACGCUAGCGUAAACAUCGACGCCGAGUCGUUGUCGUUGGAAAAUUUUAGACUUAAUUAAA